AUGCCUGAAAAAUUGAGUGCAGAGAAAGUAAACGAAGUAUUUAAACAAUUCGAUUUUAAUAAUAAUGGUAUCUUGUCCCUUGCCGAAAUCGAUAAUGCAGUAAUCUACCUCUACCCACAAUUUUCUGACAAAAAGCCUGUCCUCAUGCGAGCUUACAAAGCUGCCGACACUUCAAAGGACGGAUUUAUUGAACGUGACGAAUUCCCCCAAUUUAAAAAGGGAUAUAGACUUAUGGGAAUAAACCGCCUUUCAAAAGAUGAAAUUAAGGAAGAAUUCAACAAAAUCGAUACGAAUCAUGGAGGGUAUAUCCUUUUUGAUGAG